GUGCCUGUCUCGGUCGAGCAGCGCAAGAAGGGCAAGGGUGACAACACAUGGUUCGCCAGAAGAUCAAAGCACUUGGAGACCGAUGUACGACACACAGAGCUUGACAGCCUGCUGAUGAACGAUCAUAGCUGGUGGGAGUACCAGUACACGCCAGAUCUGUAUGAUGGCAAUCUACUCCUGGAGUGGAAUGUCAAAACAUUGGAAGAGGCUGCGGGCAGCGUUAGACAAGAAUUGGGUAUCGCGGAGGUGGAGAUGCGCAUCGUCCAGAUGUUCCAUAUUCUGCCAGGCCCGCUGCAAGAUCGAGUAUUCCAUGCGCUCGCAAUCUCUGGCAAGCAAGAAGGCCAGUCCAUUAACAUGCAAAUCCCUAUCGAUUAUGCAUCAUUCAAAGCCGUGGAGACGAUACGUGCAAGGAGCCGUCUCGAACCACAGGGAAAUGCAUUUCGCUACAACACCGAAGCCAAUCGCAACGAGGGUAGAGAGCCCAAGCCUACCGAGGUGCAAAAGCAGAGGAGCGGCAAGAAAGUCACUGAAGGGAUCUAUGCCGCUCUGGAGCGCAUCCGUAUCAUUACGGGCACAGAGCCGCAGUUUACGCAGUGGGACAUGAUGACGCUAAGCAAUGCUGGGGGAGUUGUCUCUUCAGUCCCAGUCGUGAUGCAGAAGGGCCAGCUGCUGGAGGCUGUGAGCAAGGAUGUACAGUUCGUGCUCCAGGAGGUUGGGAAGCAGAGA